AUUUAAACAUGGAAACUAUAGAUAGCGCCACAAGUUCUAACUCUUGUUGAGAUAGAGAAAAAUCAGAAUUUGAUUCAGACCUUGAUCAACUUGAGCAGGAUAUUACAAGUUUGAUAAACAGCUCGAAUACCUUACAGAAAUAUGCUAUUGAGAAGGUUCACCAAGAUAUUGAUAAAAUUUACUUUGAGUUUGUUGAGAGUAUGAUUGUUGAAAUCUCAUCCAGCCAGAACAAAGAAGAAGAUCAAGCAACUUCUGAUGAAGAAUACAGCGCCUUGGAGUUUUCUCAGAUUCAACAUUUCCUUCAGUUGGUUUCAAAAUCAGUAAAAUAUUUGAAAGAAGACAACAAAAUGUUAGUUGAAGACAUUCUGUACUCAAUAAUGGUUGUGCAUGGUUUUAGAGAUCAAUGUAAAGAACUCCUUUCUCAGCUAUAUUUCUACUGUGAAACAGAGCAUAGCCACAACUUCACUGAAAGAGUCAUUAACUACUUUGAAUCUCAGUCUGAUAGAGAGGAAUGCCUUCCGUUCUGAAAUAAGGUCCUGCUCAAGUCGAUACUUGAGAAAAUGUUGGCAAAAAUUGAGGAGAAUUCUAUACCUAAAGCUACUAAGUUCCAAAAGCAAUGAGCCAAGAGGUACCAAGACCUGUUAUUCCACUACAUCCUUUCCUGAAUACAUUGAUUCUUGAGUGUUGAGGAUUUUUAUAUCGAAAGCAAUUUUGAAUUUUGGGAAGAAAAUACUCCUAAGUAUAUCCAGGAGUGCCAAAAGGACACAGUUCAGUGGGUCAUCGACUACUUUAUUGGCCUAAUGAUAACUUCUGAGACAACAAAAAGACAUUAUGGGAAUACCUUGAAAUACAUUGCUAGCAAAUGUGAGUUCUACCAAUUCCAAGAGCUGAGUAAUCCCUUGAGCUGUGCUAGUGAACAGAUCUUGCUAAUGAAAUGACUCUGUACCGCUUCUUUGAAUAUAGUAUGUGGUGAAGAUUCCAAAGAUAUCAGUAGCAACGUAAAAAUAACAUUUAUUGAUAUUUUAAGUGAUUACUCACAGAAGGUGAUUCGUGCCAUCAAAGCAUUCAAACCACUGGAAAGGAAUCCGAAGAAUAAAGUCAGGACUCAUAAAUAUUGUGUCUAUUGUUCAAGAAAUCUCUAUCAAGAAGAUUCCAAGGAAGAGGCUAAAGAAGAUUUCUCUAUUACUAGCUGAGCAGUCUGAAAUUUGUAUGCAUUCCAUGAGAUCUGAGCUGAAGGUGUUGGAGAAGAAGAAGCACUAGAAACCUGUCCUUUCUGUAUGAUCGAACAAGAGCUCCAGAAAACUCAGUCAGAUCCAUUUUCCACUCGGAUUACAGUCAGGAAAGUCAGGGAUGAUGCGAAGGUCAAAAAGAGUAAGUACGGAAGAUCUUUGAAAACGAAAGAAGAAAAGAAGCUAACCCAAGUUGAUAAAGAAUAUGAGAAGUUGUCUAAAACUGUCUCUCAUUGAAUGACAUAUCUUUCGAUAUUCAGUAUGAAUAAGAAUCCUCAGAUAUCUUCGAUUUCAAUCAGGUUCGGAUCACCAGAUGAAAUUGUUAACAAAAUAAGGAUGCAAGAAAAGGUGAAUAGUGUUAUGAAUAUUUAAGAUAGCUGAAUAUGCUUACCAAAAUAUUCUCCUCAAUUAUGAGUUGGUUGAUAAGAACACUCUGUUAUCCAGUUCGUCACAGCCGUGCAUGAAUCUUUUCAUAGCUGUCAACAACUGAUUCUUAGUAACCCUUGAACAUCAACUAGCAUCAGUAAGAAAUAAAGCACUGGAAUGAAUCAAGCAAAGCUUGGAGUUAUAUCUAUCUCAGGCAAAGUGGUUUGAGGAGAAUAACAUCAUGGUGAACUUUAUAUCGACCAUUGAUAAAAGGCUCGAAUACUUAACUUGCUCAAAGAACCCAUCUACGCGUCUGAAUGCUAUUGAUAUCAUCGCGACGAUCCUUCCAUUCUUCAAACAAGACCUAUCAAGUUUAUCCUUAGAAUCCUUGGUAGAUAUCCUACUUGCCAGAGCUUACGACUCUUCAUCAAGAGUUAGGAAGAAAUCAGUUGAAAUUCUCCUUACCAUAAUAGAACAUUCCUCUGACUAUGACAAGUCCCAGUCUCUUCUAAAGCAGAAGGGCUUGAUCUUACUCGUAGAUCUUCUCACCUCAGUCUGCACUCACAAACAAGACUCCUCACAAACCUUGCCCAAAAUCUCCAAAUUCCUCUCCAAGAUCCUCACCUCCGGCUUCACCUUCACCAAGGACACCUGCUGGUCGGACAGCAAUCUCUACACAUACUCCAGCACCACUCAGAAGAACAAAUAAAUCUAAGAAGAGAGGGGCUAAAUCUCUUCCUGAGAUCGGAGGAUAUGACGUCCUUGUGCAUGUGUACAAUUAUGUGCACCUGAACGCAGAAGAUACACUUGAUGUUUUACUGAAGAAGAUUAUUGAGUUCAGGAAUCAAGACUCGCACAAUGAAGAAGCCUUCAACGACGAAGUAACAUUCUCUCAGAAAGAAACGAAGCGUAAGCCUCGUACAAAGAAGAAACUUUCCCUAAAAAUGGACAAAGAGAUUACCAAAUUCCUGAAAAAUGCGAUCAGAGACCUUAAGAAAAGCAAGCAGUACAUAUUCUGCAACAUUAUUAACUCCUUCAUUCUGUCAGGGGUUGAGCUGCCUCAGGAUAUAUACGACAUAUUCUCAAUUCUAUCAUCUAGUUCUGAAAUGACAGUGAAUCUGCUUAGCUCCUUAUGCACGUGCUUGAUUAAUUUGUCCUCGAAGAUAAUUAUGAAUGAAAAGAUCUCCCCCUCGAAGAUACUAGAGUCGCUUUCUAAGUGGCUAUCAGCCCCUUUGGAGGUGGAGACAACCAGGAAAAUUCUGCAGUCGAUCCAUCAUAUCUGUACCUGAUUGAAUGACUUCACAUUUGAAGAUAGACUGUUUGCUCAACGGGUUGUGUAUCUUAAGGAGAAUAAAAAUAAUCUUGAUAAUUGGAACGCUCUUAAUAGAGUCAUGAAGACCAUUGGAGACAUGACAAGUAUUUUUACAAUCUUCAUGGACGAAAAUGGCUGGAAAUGCCUCCAUGUUCUGUGAGAGGUGGUCCUCAAGAAAGCUACUGAAGAAGAUUCAGUCUGAAUUUAUGUCAUUGAAGGUGCCUUAUACAUGAUUUCACAGAUUUGGCUUAAAGUGCCUGAGAUUCUUAGGUCAAACACUCAUUUGCUGGAUUUAUUCCUCUACUUUACUAAUAAAUACGAUAUUGAUGAUAACUCAAAAGUUAUGAUUCUCAAAACUUAUCAUGAGUUUUUAAUGAGGUUGGAUGAAGAGUGCCAAAAAGAUAGCAUAAAUAUUGGUGAUUUCAUAGACAAGCUCAAGACAGAUAUCACUAAAUACCUCUUCAUUCUCUUCUCGCCGAACAUUGAGAUGAGAAGGAUCUGAUUCAAAGUUAUGAAUCAAUGAUAUCAACAAGGGUUAAUCCCAUACCAGCAGGCUGCUGAGUUCUUCCUGAUAUGUAUCAAUGACAAUAUUACUGAAAUCGAUGCUAAAGUUGGAAUGAAGUUUAACGAAGCUGCUCUUGAAGUCAUCAAAGACAUUUCAAGAAAGGAUGCCAAAGUGUUCUUCAAGCUUGACUUACAUAAGAUACUUGGAAAGCACGGAACUGUCCUUCGAAGGUGCAUAGAGAUACAGAAAUCAGACAAGUCUAGUUUCAGUUCUGUUCUUCUCCAGAACUCUGCCUUUGACUCUGAAGGUAAUAGCCUUCUCAAGGGUCUGUUCCAGCUUCUCAAGGAAAUUAAAUAAGUCAUAUCCAAGAGAGAUGAUGGAAAAGCUGAUUGAGCUGCUAGAUCUCAAAUAUUUUCAAGAAAAGAAGGCAUAUCAGCUAUUAGAUUAUGAAUACAUCAAUUAUCUGAGCGAACUCAUAUUGGGGCUUCUCCCUCUCACUCUUGGCUACAAAGAAGAUGAAAAAUUAGAAAUCAACACCACUAAAGUAAUGGCUCAGGUAGAGUAUCUGAAACGCACCAUUGAUGUAAGAGUUACAAGUGAGCUCAAGACUAUCGUUGAUAGAUACUCCAAGAAGAAAUCUAAGAAGUCUAAGAGCUUUAAAGAGAUUGAUCAAGAUAGCACUUGGAACACAAAUUAUGCGACUAGUUUCUUCGAAGGAUAUGUGUGUCUUGCAUACUCUUUGAUUCACCUUGCUUUUGUCAAAUUUGAUACCCUCACUGAUGAUAUUGAAAGAAUCGUAAAAAAUUACUCAGAAGAAAACAGGGCAAAGUCCUCCCUUGAGCUUAAGAUAGAGCGGAAAGUUCAUGAAUGGAGGGAGAACUGGCUUUUUAGCAUCCGCCAAAUCCUCCAGAAAUAUGCGAGAGGCAUUGAAGUGUACAAGAUUUCUGAAAGAGUCAUGAAAAUUAAAGAAUUAAUUUUAGACAUAAACAACUCAGAAAUGCUUGAAGAUAAUGAAGGUCAGAUCCUGAUGGAUCCUCAUAGUGAAAAUGUACUUGAGAAGGAAAUGAAUGCAUUCUUUACUAAAAAGAAAGCUGAUCUUUUUCAGAAAGCUAACAAAAAUAGCUAUAUACACACUCAACCUGGUUUGAAAAGGGUCAAAAAGAAAAUUCUUGACGACUCUGAUGAGAGUGGUACUGAAAUCAUUGAAUCAAAAGCCAUCAGAACUCUAAAAGAAGGGAAGCCCAAAACAGUCGUACGUAAGAGUAAAAGAAUCCAAAGAAAGCAAAAGAAAUAA